AUGACCCUGCGAGGAGCAGCUCAGGAUUGGUUCCACACUCUACCGUUCGCGUCAAUAGGCAACUUCAUGGAGUUCGCCAUCAUUUUCACAAAGGAGUACACCUCCUACAAGACGGUCAGAAAGCAUGCAGACCACCUGUUCAACCUGCGCAAGAAGCCAGACGAGUCUCUACGAGACUACCUGAGACGGUUUAAGGCUGAGAAGGCUAACAUCAUAGGAUGCAACGACCAAGUUGCAUCCUCAGCAUUCAAAAAGGGCUUGCCAACCGAGCACGAGCUAUACCGGGAGCUGGCCAUAACUCCAAGUCAAACCUUGGCAGAAGUGUUCGCGACGGCAGAGCGCUACGCACUUUGGGACGAUGAUCGUAUCGCCGCAAAGAAAGCUAGCAAGCAAGUUGACCACCCGACGAAGCAGGCAAGCCAAAAGAGCAACAAGUUCGAGCAAAAAGCCCGAGAUAAGCGCAGAUCGCGGCCCCAAAAGGGAAGCUUAGAAACAGGGACCUUCACCGAGUUCGCUAUCCCAAUCCACCAGAUCCUAGCUCAGGUGAAAGAUAAGCCGUGGGUGAGGAGACCACCACCCAUGAAAGGAGACCCCUAUAAAAGAGACACCAGCAAAUACUGCGCAUUCCACGGGGAGCACGGUUAUUACACCAACAACUGCAACGCUUGGAAAAGGCACCUUGAGGAGCUGGUCAGAGAGGGCCAUUGCACAGAGUUCGUUGCAAAGAAGGCUAUCCAGCAGAUCGAGGAUCGUGAUGUAGCUGCCAAGGAACCUCCCCAAAAGGUCAUUCGAAUCAACACCAUUCUAGCUGACUCCCAAGAGUCCGGGCUGACCACCAAGGAGCGCAAGAGAAAGAUCGCGCAGGCAACUUAUGUCUCCCAAGUCACAACGGGAGUACCAGCUGUUGGGGAUACACCUAUCAUUGGCUUCCAGAAGAAGGACUUGAUCGGGCUGGACCUGCCACAUAAUGACGCCCUAGUCAUCUGCAUCCAAAUUGAACAAGCUGUGAUCGAGCGAGUUCAUGUAGAUGAGGGCAGCGCAGCCAACAUCCUGCAACUAUCUGUUAUCCAACAGAUGGGGUUCGAGCCCAAGAUUAGCAAACUUGCCAAAUCGCUCACCGGCUUCAAUGGGGCCACAUAA